CCCCUCUCGCCUCUAAAGUGAAGUGACCUUCGUCUCGCGCCCUGAUAGCGUUUAGAUCCGCCGAACGGCAACAACUGAACACUCGGAACCGAGACAAGCGGCUUUUUACACGACCUAACAGGAAAACAUGGGUGACGUGGGAAAAGGAAAGAAGGUUUUCGUCCAGAAGUGCGCCCAGUGCCACACAGUUGAGAACGGAGGCAAGCACAAAGUGGGGCCAAACCUUUGGGGUCUUUUUGGCCGUAAGACUGGUCAGGCAGAUGGCUACUCCUACACGGAUGCCAACAAGAGCAAAGGCAUCAUUUGGGGUGAGGAUACCCUGAUGGAAUAUUUGGAAAACCCCAAGAAGUACAUUCCCGGCACAAAGAUGAUCUUCGCUGGCAUCAAGAAGAAGGGCGAGAGAGCCGACCUUAUUGCAUAUUUGAAAUCAUCCACAUCGUAAUGUUAAUAGCAGAGGAGGGAAUAUUAACUUAAAUGUUUGUAGUUUGGAUUUGCAAUAUCUAUGACUGUAUUCAAAACGGUGUGAUUGAUCAGAUAGGCAACGUUUUCAUUUUAUGGGUUGUAGGUAUAACAUGAGUUAAGCUUCUAACACGAGUCCAUUUCAGCAGUGACUAUUUUAAUUUUUUUGUCUGUCCAGGUGUCACAUUGAGAGUCAUGUUACUGCAGUUCCUUAGGGUUUCCACUGAAGGAAUGAAUAUAAUGUCCCCUGGUUUCACAGGAGCUGUUGCACAUUAAAUUAUUGAACUGUACCUGUAGUAUUUGAAUUGCAAUGAGCGACCGUGACGGCAGCAUGAUGCAGCUGUUGUAUGUACCAGGUGGAUUUAACCUGUCAAAUAAAAUUUAAAGAACUCC